UAAGAAAACCACUGCUCUAAACCAUUCACACUUUGAAAAUGAACCAAAAAUCUUCAUACUUUGUAGACUUUCCUCUGUCUGAACCACAAAUCACCAUGAGUUCCUCAAACAGCGAGCUGGAGAAGAUUUCUACCCAGAUGAACAAUCUGGCACUCCAGAAGCAGCAGCUUCUGGAGAGAAAUAAAGUUCUGUGCUUUCAUGAGGAGCUGAGGAACCGACUCAAUCAGCAACACACAGGUGGAGCAACAACCAGCAUCCCUUCAUGUCUCGUACACACACACGCACGCACGCACACACACACACACACACACACACACACACACACACACAGCCUCAUGUUUGGUGUUCCGUCUUCAGAAGAAUCUGCUCAUUCCCAGCAAGAGAUUGAUCACAUUGGUGAAAAACUGAAACAACUGAGCACAAAGAAAACAGAGCUCCAGGAAACCUUUGACAACCUCUGCAGUGCCGAAGACACGAAGAAGGAGAAAGAGGUCGUUGUUGAAGUUGGUGAGGAGACAGGCGCUGGUGUUCCAGGUUCUGGCAUGAAUGUCUUCCAUGUUGAAACUCCUAAAAUUCCAGACUUUCCUCUGUCUGAACCACAAAUCAGCAUGAGUUCCUCAAACAGCGAGCUGGAGAAGAUUUCUACCCAGUUGGACAAACUGGCACUCCAGAAGCAGCAGCUUCUGGAGAGAAAUAAAGUUCUGUGCUUUCAUGAGGAGCUGAGGAACCGACUCAAUCUGCAACACACAGGUGGAGCAACAACCAGCAUCCCUUCAUGUCUCGUACACACACACACACACACACACAGCCUCAUGUUUGGUGUUCCGUGUUCAGAAAAAUCUGCUCAUUCCCAGCAAGAGAUUGAUCACAUUGGUGAAAAACUGAAACAACUGAGCGCAAAGAAAACAGAGCUCAAGAAAACUUUUGACAACCUCUGCAGUGCUGAAGACACGAAGAAGGAGAAAGAGGUCGUUGUUGAAGUUGACGAGGAGCAGGAAGCAGACGCCGGUGUUCCAGGUUCUGGCAUGAAUGUCUUCCAUGUUGAAACUCCUGAAAUCCCAGCUCCUGCUGAGGUUGUGGAUGUAGAGAACCUCCCAAGACGCCCCUGCAGGUCUCAGUGCCCAGAGUGCGGGCAGGUCAUCCUGACAGAGACCAGCGCCUCCGUCAGCACCGACACCUGGCUGCUGUGUGUCUCGGCAGCUGCAAUCGGCUGUGUGGCCGGUUGUUGCCUCAUCCCCUUCUGCUUCGACAGAUUCAAGUCGGUCACACAUAAUUGCCCCAUGUGUCGGACAUCAAUCAAAACCACGUCCUGGUUCUGAGGGAAGCGAGGACGAGACGCCGUCUUUCUGUGGCAUUUGUGACGGAUCUCGUCCGUCAAGUCACACAUUUGUUCGUCUGACUCUGUGUGUUUGUCCUGUGAUGGACUGGCGAUGGACUGGAGUUAUCGCUCAACUGUGAAUCCUGUAACUCUGUUUAAUUCUGAAAUGUGAUGAGCUGUUUGUACAAAAAAAAAAAAAAAAAAAAAAAAUCCUGCAAAGACGUCCUUUGAAAAUGUUUUAUUUUAAGUAGUAAAGAGUUUGUGACAGUGCUCCUAGGCUGUGAAAUCCCAAAUAAUCUCUGUAUUUACAAAAUGACAAUUACAUUUAUAUAUAAAAAAAGGUAACAUAAAUACACAAUGUGUAAAAUUUAAGGCAUACAAACUAUGCAUUACGUUUUCUUUGGUGUUGAGUUAUACUAGUAUAGUAAAGACAAAACAUUUCUUGUUCCAGCACAUGAUCCCUUCUGAAAGGGCAACAUUUGGAUUGUCAAAUGAGGCACUGACAGGAAAAUAAAACAAGCUUCAUAAUAAU